GGUUGCCUAGCAACGGAUGUCAACUACAGAAACAUGGCUAAGUUUGUGCUAGCAGGGAAGGCGGAUUGUCCGUACUACGCGAAGGCUGAGCUGCUGGCAGACUCGCUGCAGAGAAACCUGCCAGAUUUCCACGUUCAUAAGAUCUGCCUUCAGCCCGCCGACUGGAAGGACUGGCUUGAAGAGACAUGUUCAUCAAGAGGCUGGAAACAUGAGAGCUGUCCCAUUGUGUGGAGAGAGCUGAUUGAUCGUGGAGGAAAGGGCAUGCUUCUCGGGGGUUUCAGUGAUUUUCUUGAGUUUGUACAGGACUACUACGGUAUCACCUCUGACAUGAGAACAGAGCUGAUGCUGAAGAUUGCAGAGGAGAAUCUGCAGGCGACUGAGCUGCGCUUGGAAGAAGAGGCGCGCCAACGCAACUCACUCAAAGUGUUUCACAUCUGGAUCAGCAGUGCUCUAAACUGCACUUGCUACAGCCUCAUUCCCCUGCUGUUCACUACUGGGGUCUUCAGGGACAUGCCCACCAUCAGCCUCCACCUUUUAGACAUGGACAGCUGUGAAGAAUCUCUGUUGGGUCUCAAAAUGGAGGUUGAGGACCUGGCCCUACCUCAGCUCCACCAAGUUACUGUCCAUUCUGACCUGACACAGGCCUUCCAGUCAGCUGACGUAAUCAUUUUCCUAGAUGAGUGGCCAUCAAAUAUUGCAGAACAAGAAGAGCAGGAAGACAAGGAACACACGGUGAGGCUGGUAGCAGAGCUCUUUGAUCGUUACGGCCGCCUCAUCGAGGCCAACGCGCAAAAGGACGUCAAAGUGAUUGUGUCAGGAGGCACCUACAUCAACCUGAAGUGCGCUCUGCUGAUUGAGAACGCGCCCUCAGUCAACCCCUCUCGAUUUGUGGCCUUGGCAACACAACUGGAGUGUGAGGCGAGGGCUCAACUUGCGGAGAAGCUGUCAGUGAAGACCUCAGAUAUCACUGAUGUCAUCAUUUGGGGCAACAUCAGUGGCACCUCCCACAUCGACCUGCAGAGGGCGAAGGUUCUCAGAUAUAAGGGGGCAAUCUGGGGACCAACAGGUUUCUCUCAGCAAGUACUGGAGAUGGUUUAUGACAAAAAAUGGCUGGCAAAUGAUUUUCUGAGCUUGGUUGGCUCACGAAGGAGCUCCAUUUCCCUCAAGAUGAACAGGACUGCAGCUAUCUCAGCAACCAAUGGAAUCCUUGCAGUUCUGAAUGCUUGGAACAAUGGUUCUUCUCCUGAAGAAGUCUUUUCAUUGGGUGUAGUCAGUACAGGACAUUUCGGUGUUCCAGCUGGACUGGUUUUCUCUUUGCCUGUAAGAUUUCAGGACGGUGACUGGUCAGUGUGCUCAGAUAUCACCAUCAGCGAGGAGCUGAGGAAUAAACUAGAGGCCAUCAUUCAUGAGCUUACAGAGGAGAAGGACGUUGCAGGUGGAAUGAAGCAGAAUCGUCCAGUUGACUGAAAACAUGCUGCUCUUUUCUCAUUUAGAGUCUCACAAUCUGAUGGACAAUAAUAACUUAAGAA